AUGGCCUAUCAGUUCAGUUUGAAUGAGUUUCGGCCACAUAUGCGGGAAUGGGAUCAAAAUGAAUGGCUUCCUAUCGAUAAGUUGCGCAAAAGUGCGGAAUUGGGUUUCGGCGGUCUCUACACACCCACCGAAAAGGGCGGAACCGGUCUCUCAAGACUGGACACAAGUAUUGUGAUCGAGGCUCUGGCACAGGGAUGCGUCUCCACCACAGCUCUCCUAUCCAUUCACAAUAUGGUGGUCGCAAUGAUCGCCCACUUCGGUAAUGAUGACCAAAUGCACGCAUUUAUUCCCGAUUUGGUUUCAAUGAAAAAGAUCGGCGCCUAUUGUCUUACAGAACCGAACGCCGGUUCCGAUGCCGCGAAUCUUGAGACCAGAGCUCAAAAAGUUAAAGAUUAUUAUAUUUUGAACGGAACUAAAAGUUUUAUAAGCGGUGGCGGAGAGAGUCAUGUAUUUCUCGUAAUGUGCAGAACGGGUGGCGUCGGAGCCAAAGGGAUCUCAUGUCUUAUGGUCGAGAAGGGCAGCGAAGGACUCAGUUUUGGACAUAAAGAGAGUAAAAUGGGUUGGAAUAGUCAGCCCACCCGACAGGUCAUACUAGAAGACUGUAAAGUACCGGCGCGUAACCUCUUGGGCAGCGAAGGCAUUGGUUUUAAUAUAGCAAUGAGUGGUAUAAACGGCGGUCGCGUAAACAUCGCCUCCUGUUCUUUAGGGGGCGCGCAAUGGGCUCUCGAAGAGACACUUCGAUACACAUGUGAUCGCAAACAAUUCGGUCAACCGAUCGCUGACUUCCAGAACACUCGCUUCGAAUUGGCGACAAUGGCUUCGGAACUGCUCUCAUGUCGAUUAGCCGUACGAAUGGCCGCCAAAGCCAUGGAUGACAAACAGUCGGGCAGUGAUACCAAUGACUCACACAUUCCGGUCAGUUCGUUGUGCGCGAUGUCUAAAUUUCUGGCCACAGAUCGGUGCCAUAAUAUCAUCGACCGAUGUCUUCAACUCUUUGGAGGUUAUGGAUAUCUAAAGGAUUAUCCGAUUCAACAGCUAUUGAGAGAUACGAGAGUUCAUCGAAUCCUUGAGGGAACCAAUGAAAUAAUGAAAGUGAUUAUCGCUAAAGACUUGAUUGAUAAACACAUUGAAUCGCAUAUUAGUCGUAAUUUUACAAAAACCACAUCUAAUAACGGAUUACCAAAUGAUAAAAGUAGUGAACACUUGAAAGAACACACGAGUGCCGCAUAUUCUUCUUGAUAUAUUAGUCGACACAAGUAAUUGUCACGUCCAAUGUUAUCAAGUUAAAGUCUGUUUUAUUCUUAGACUAAUUAACUUCGAUUAAAGUUAUAAUACCC